AUGAAUCCAUCAAUCCAAGCUGUAGCUUUGUUCAUGAUUAUUCUCACAACACUAGCAUCUAUGAUCAAUGGCGACAAUCUUCAAGAAACAAAUAUGGUGCCUGAGUUGCCCGAUGCAUCAAUUAAAUGUGGUUCAUGCCCCUGCGUAGACCCUUGUGGCAGCCAGCCAACGUUUCCACCACCUCCGCUGCCAUCACCAUCACCACCACCACCUCCACCCCCACUUCCCUCACCACCACCUCCUUCUCCGCCACCACCCGCUACUCAGUAUUGUCCUCCAGCUGUUGUGGCAAAACCACCACCUCCACCGAGGUUCAUUUACGUGACUAGCCCACCUUCAUCAGUGAAUCAUCCCUUCACCUUGAAUGUGUACUCCGGUGGCUGUAGCCGUCGCGUUGGUGGAGUUACUGAUACCAUCGGUGGGCAAAGAUUUUCCGGUGAGGACCAAGCUUUUUCCGGCAACACCAAGGUUUUUCCGACGAAACCAAGCUUUUCCGUCGACAAAAAAUUGUUUUCCAGUUUUGUUGAUUGUGUUCCCGACAACCACCCGCCACUACCACCACCACUGGACCACCACCCGCCACCACAUGUUCUAUUACUUCUAUUUAUUGUGAAAUAUUAG